AUGAGGCGUGGUGGGUUUGGCGAGGUGAUCAAGGCGCGUCACAAAUUAAUUGGCAAACAAUAUGCCAUUAAGACAGUGGAACUCGAUCAAAAUCGACGUGUUAAAUGGCACCGGGAGAUACAGAUCAUGGUAGGCGUAAAAUAUUUGCACGAUAACGGCAUUUUGCAUCGUGACUUAAAACCAGGCAAUAUACUGGUGGUGAAUACUGUUGACCAUGUACGACUUAAAAUUUGCGAUUUUGGUCUAGCUGCUUUUCAUAACAAAGGCCCGUUUAAUGACCACAGCCCACAAUUAGGCACACCUAUGUUUGAAGCGCCCGAGGUGUUCCGUGGUUUUGACAAUUAUGAUUUUAAGGUCGAUAUUUAUGCACUCGGGGUAGUUUCGCUAUUCAAACAGCCAAAUAAAUUGGACCCUGAACAUAGUGCAAUGAAAGUGUUCAUUAGACACUUAAGUGACAGGUACUCCGACGAAAGGCCUGAUACAGACGAAGCCCUAAAAAUAUUAACCACAUUAAAGCCAAAGAAUGGUCCACUUGAUAUGGCUGAAAUUAAAGCUAGAAUUACACAAAUUGAGACAAAAAUGAAGAAAUCCGAAGAUGGAGCAUUCAAACACAAGUUGAAAGAGAUACGCAGAUGGGCUAAAUUGGACAUGGAUCAUUUUGUACAGUACCGACAUCAUUGGUUUAGCUAUAAAUCAAGCGAUCUGAUCGUUCGGCUACCCCUCCUCCACCUAACGGGAUUUAACAUGGGAGCCUAUGUUAAUCCUAUGGCUAUACUUUAA